GCUCCUCCCGGGCCGGGGGCGGGCGGGGAGCGGCGGGCCGGGCCGGGGCUGCCCCGCAGAGGGAGCGGGACCCGCCGGCAGCGGCCAUGGCUUUCGGGAAGGCUCCGAAGGAUCCUUUCUGCACGGCCGUGGGCAGCCUGGUGGAGCGGGCCACGUUCGGGACGCUGGAGGCGGAGGAGUGGGGGCAGUUCCUGCACAUCUGCGACCUGAUCAACGCCACCGAGGACGGGCCCAAAGAUGCAGUUAAAGCUCUAAAGAAAAAGCUUUCAAAAAAUUGUAAUCACAAGGAGAUCAGGCUUACCCUGUCUCUGCUUGACAUGUGUAUAGAGAACUGUGGCCCGAGAUUCCAGUCUUUGGUGGUGAAGAAAGAUUUCUGUAAAGACAAGCUGGUGAAACUGCUGAAUCCAAGAUACAACCUGCCGAUUGACAUGCAGGAGAAAAUUUUGACCUUCAUUAUGACAUGGGCCCGAGGUUUCCAAGGAAUGGUGGAUGUAAGCGAAGUAAAAGAAGUUUAUCUGGAAUUGUUGAAGAAAGGAGUGGAAUUUCCCUUUUCUGACUCCAGCAGAGGGGGGCCCAAGACUUCAUCUCAGCCUUCUACAAAGUCAUCACCAUCUUCUGCUACUCCUAUAAAACGUUCUUUACUGCCCCUUCCCACAGGCCCAACGUUACUCUUGACUCCAGAGCAGAUUGGGAAACUGUACAGUGAACUGGAUAUGGCAAAAAUGAAUGUGAGAGUUAUGUCAUCAAUAUUAAAAGAAAAUGUUCCUGGCUCGGAAAAUCCAGAUGAUAUGAAUCUUUUACAGAAACUGUAUAAGACCUGUCGGAUGAUGCAGGAGAGGAUCAUGGAAUUGUUGGUGACAGUGGAGAAUGAAGAUGUGAUAGUCGAGUUAAUACAAGUGAAUGAAGAUCUGAAUAACGUCCUUCUGGGACAUGAAAGGUUCUCUCGAAACAGAGUUCGGUUUUUGGAGAAUCAGAGAAUAGAACGUGAACGCUCAGAGCUGUACAGGAAACAGCCGUCUGCUCCCUCAAGUGAUCUACUCGACCUCUCCAUAGAUUCUCCCGUGUCCGCAGUGGUGCAGAACAACUCUGCGGUGUCUCCUUUGGGCCUUAAUUGCAUAUCUGCCCACCCUGAAGAUAAAAACAGGCGUCAUCCAUCAAUUUAUCCACAGCUGGAUUUAGCAUCUACUACAAAAGCUCAGCAAUUCCCAUUUGCAACUGAAGCACAAAACAAUGCUGUGAGCAACCCAGCUGGACAUUCCUAUAGCAAUCUGGCGACUCCUUUAAGCCCGGUGCCUCUGAAUCCAGUGAGCCUGCAGACUGGACACGCUGCGUCAGUGAAUGGACUGCCACAGGCAGCUGCAUCAAAGGACAAGCCACAGUCACCUCAUUACUACGACAUAAUGGAAUUUGAUCCCUUGGCUCCCACUGAAGCUGUUUAUGAAGACAUCGAUGAUGUGCUGAAAGCAGAAGUGAAAAAGGCACAGAAUGCUGAAGGUGGAGGUGAAGUCUUUUACUGAACACGCACUAUUCUGUGAUGCUGCCCCUGUGCGGUGCUUCCUGUAACGCACCAGCGAAUAACAGAAAAGGUUCUGAAUUUUGAUACAACAAACAGGAUCGGAACACUAAGCUGUGUGAGGGUUGGAGUUACUUGGAUCUACACCUUGUUCUAAACGUUUAACUGUGUAUCCUUCAAGGUGACUUCCAUGAUUAUUUUGAAAGUCUUUUGGGGGCCUUUAAAAUCCGAUUUCCAAAUUCAUGUGACUAUGAAAUAACACUGACACAAGUAAACAAAAAGGACUGCUGCAACUAUAGAAGAAAGCUGUUUGUCCAGGUUAGCUGUUCCUUUGUGUGGCUUUUACUGUGUAUGCAGCAAACAACAUGAAACGUUACAUUCACAGAAGCUGCAGAAUCCAGUUUCUAUUUUGUCCUUGUUGCCAUAACCUCCCUAGAAAUUCAUGAGGGGGUUUUGAUGCGCAGGACCUUUCUGGCAUUGGGCCUCUCAGUAGCUCUCUGAAGACAGGCUGUGUUACUUUCCUGUGUUCAUAUUCUGAAUAGAUUUUGGUUUUUUCCUAAAAGCUUUUUGUCUUGGUAAGAACCUGAGACAGGAGGUGCUGUCACCCAUGAUCAACAGAACACAACCCCCCCUGCUUGUGCCAUUGUUGUUGUUGCUUUUAUUUACUCAGUAAAUAUUGGAGAGGGAUCAAUCAUUUAUUCCAAUGUCCCUGCCUGCAGAGAUUGCUGUUCUGGUGAAGGAAAAAACAAUCAUCUACAAUGCAGAUGAGCAAUACUUAUCCAUUUAUGUUAGUUAACAACAGUUUCAUCUUUUAAUAAUUAAAGUGCCUUAUCUAUUUUAAUGCUGAAUGUAAAAUGUGCACUUUAACAAGUAUAGUUCUCUGAAUUUAUAACUCCAUAAUUUAUAAUCGAUAUAAAACAUGACAUAUAGUUCAUAUUCAUAGCUGAUAAGCUAUUUUUUGUGAAAUAUUGUCUUUUAAAUGUUCAUUAUGUUUAAGGGAUAUGAAGUUCUCAGUCUGCUAUGCAAGUUUUGUAGCAUAAAAUUCCAAAUAAAAGCAAACGCUGAGAAGUUAACCUCCAGCACUUCUGAGUUCUUACCAGAUGGACGCGUAUUGCAUGAAAACUCCAAAUGCAGGCAGGAUAUUGGGACUAUUUGAGUGUGAAUCCAUGGUGUUUCACUGCAUGGGUAGCAAUUUUGCAGCUUGUUGUCGGGCUGUUACACCACCUUCUAUCAAAAAGACAGCCUUGGAGUUCGGGAUUGUUGUAAGCAGAGGUGAAAAGGCACUUUACUGUUAUUUUUCUUGUGUUAUUUGCAAUGGUCUGGACAAACAGCACAAGAAAAUGGCUACAAAUGGAGUCUGGGGGGGGGGUUGUUCCUUACAGCUUAGUUGUGUUGUUAAACCCUCGCACACUGCAGUAUAACAAAUGAAAAUAGGUAAUCUGUAAUGGAUGGUUGCAAACUGAACCUUUCCACGUUUGAAGCAGCAAAAGGGUCACAGAUAGAUGAACGUUCUGAUCGGAACUGGGUAACUACUGAGGCUGGAAAACUUGGGUCAUAGUUUGAAUGUGCUGAGGAUCUGUGCAAAUGGGGGCUUUCCAACCCAGGGGGAACCCCGUUUAUGGAACUGGCCCUUGCCAGGGGGAUAUU